AUGGUCAUAUCCAAGAUUCCUGGCCUCAACUAUCUAACACCCCUGACACUACUCGUUGCGCGAUCAGCAAUUUUUCUUUUGCUGUUGAGGAGCCACAUCUCGUACCAGAGAAUGAGUUUCUCUGGUAUCAAAAAAAAUUAUAUGGGAAGAUAUGGAACCACGAUAGUCGGUGAUAUUAAUGAUUCCGUUAAUAUCGGGCCGCCUAAGGCAGAAGAAACCACGACUGCUCAUUCUCCUCAAUAUGUUACACAUAUUCCUCAACGGCAAGCAGCUGAACUCUGGCCUAUACAUCAUAAUAUCACGGUCCAAUAUCUCGAUUCGGCCGCCCGUCCUUAUCUUUUUGCACAUUUUGCUUGGGCAAUCCUUCUUCAAGUCAAACCAUUCGUCACCGCCAGCUUUUCACGUCACGUUAUUCGAAUCUCGACGAACGGCGAAGGCAAGGCGGAAUACAAACUGGAGCAUCUCAGCGGGCUACAGCUUCAGGAUUAUUACGGUGGCAGAGAAUCACAAGGCGCAACCCCAAAGAGAAAAUCAAAUACUGAUACUGUGGGAGAUGAGGAUGAUUUUAUGGGGCCAUCUGGCGAGGACAGUGAUGUUAAUAUGGAUAAUGGCUGGGAGGAUACGAUGGAUGAGCGGCAACAGCGGGGGAAGGAGAGAAGAAAGCAGACAUCGAACGAAACUAUGGUUGAGGAAGACAAUCGGGCACAAGUAUUAUCACAACUCAAGACACGAUUUGAAGAGGCCUUGGGAGGAGGUAGAGAUGACAUUCCCCAACAAAGAUAG